AUCUGUCACCUUUGACUGCUAAAUUUGUUUCAAUAUUUGGAUUCGGUGUUUGGUAUAAUUUAGAUAACAUCUAAGGACUAAUUUUAAUGAAGUAAAAUGAGGAAAUAGUUUAUAAACUAAAUCACUAUGUUUACCAUAAAAGCAUGCACAGUGUGCCUGAAAACUGACGUCAAAUUGUUUAAUAUGAACACAGGUCCACUGAGACAUGAAUAUAAUUUAGUAUCUGGUUUAAUGACUCGUAGCCAAAAUGGCCUACCUGAGUAUUUAUGUUAUCAGUGUGGGGCAUACGUAAGAAACUUUAAAAAGUUUCGUGAUAAAUGCCAACGUACAUAUUAUGCAUUACAGGAAAUCCUAGGUCGUGAUAAAAAGAUAACAAAGUCUAUAAUUCAAGAAUUAGACUUAAGUGUGCUAAACAUUGAACCCACUCUAUCCUAUCUUGCUACAGACCAUGCAAGAACUAAGUAUGAAAAUGUAAAACAUAAAUCAGUCAAACAAAGCUAUGUUGAUUUAGAACAUCAAGAAAACAUAACCAUCACUCAAUAUGGAACUACAUCUGAUAGGUUAAUAUAUGAAGUGCCUAACAAAAAGCCUAAACUGUGGAUUGACUUAGAAGAAAAUAUCAAACAGGAAGAUCCCCCUAUACUGAAGAACUAUGAAACUUUUACAACGGAAAGCACAGACCUGGAAGCAAAACAAAACGACGACAGUUUCUUUGAUAACCACUUUGAUGAUUGUGAUGAACCACAGAUUGAAAUUGACAGUAAUGAUAAAAUAGAUAUGCAAGCUGAUGCCAGUAUGAAUUUGGAGGAAGAAUAUGCAACUAUUUUACCCAUAUCUGUGAAAGAGGCUAAGGCUGUCGUUGAUGUCUAUAAACUGCUUGCACAAGGCAAGUUCUCAUGCAAAGUUUGUGGGAAGACAUACAAUAGUGAAUGUCGACUGAAAGCACACAUGAGGAUGCAUGAAAUGAGUAUAAAUGGUACUUUCUUCUGUAUUUUAUGCAAAUAUUAUUAUAGAUCUGAACUGCUUUUGAAAAGUCACAUGACGGAGAAACAUAUGUACAAGUAUAUAUGUAAGAAGUGCCCAGAAGUUAACUUUGAUAGACAUUCGGCAAAAAGACAUUAUUACUGGGGACAUUUUCAAGAGAUUUCCAACAAGGGUAGUUGGUCUCGGACAGCCAGAGUCACUAAGGGCGGUAGAAAAAAUAAGUCUGCCAUACGUCGAUUGGGAACGAAGCAGGAGGUGCCACAUGAUUUUCCCAUCCAAUCUGCCAUAAGCCAGGCUGAACAAUAUGCUUUGGUGAGAGACAGACAGAAAACAAAGAACUACAUUGAUUCACCAUUUAAGUGUGAAUACUGCUUUAAAGGAUUUAGAGUCGCAACAACAUUUGAAACACAUUUAAAAAAACAUGAUCCUGCUCUCUCUGGCAAGUUACAGUGUGAUGCUUGCAAAAUAUGCUAUCCAAGUACUGGGAAGAUGUACAAGCACAUGACUAGAUGUCAUAUCUUCAAAUACUCAUGUCAGAUGUGUGGCUACACUUGUUUUAACAGGGGUCAAGCUAAAGUUCAUUACAGAUGGCAUAAAAAAGUCACAUACCCAUGUCCUCAUUGUAAAAAAGAAUUUUCUAAAGAGUCUACAAAGCUUGGGCAUAUCCGUAAAAUGCAUCCAUCAACGAACAUUUGCAAUUUAUGUGGUCACAGCUUUGUGAGCGUCACCGGACUACACAUACACAAACUAAAGACUCAUAGCAAGGAGGAAAUGGAAGAAAACGAAGGCAAAGUGGACACAUCGAAUCCGCUGUACUGCGCCGAGUGUGGAGUUCAGUUCCGAGAUGACGAUGCCUUCGCGACUCAUCUUGGCUCCUCCAACAAGCACGCUGACACCAACCGAGCGAUCACAAAGCUGGGCUUGGACGGGGAGGGGGAAGGCGCGCGGCUCACGGACAAGGGGGUCGUCAACAUGGGCCGCGCCACCUCCUCGCACUGCGACAUCUGUAACAAGUACCUGCUGAACGACACUCAGGCGGUGCGCCACUACGACGCCGAACACCCCGGGGCGCCCUACCUCAAACGGUACAUGUGUGACAUCUGCGGACAUAAGACCAGGCAAUACGCAAACCUCGUAGUCCACAUGCGCACGCACACUCAAGAGAAGCCGUACUCGUGCCCGCACUGCGACCGACGCUUCAGUAUGCAGAAUAACCGCGAUCGACAUCUUGUUGUCCACACCGGCGAAAAGAAAUAUCAGUGCCCGCACUGCAAUCGUCGCUUCUCUCAGAAGAACACGGUUAAGCUGCACGUGCAGACCGUGCACCUGAAGAUCCCGUACCCGCCCUGGAAUAAGAAGAACCGCAAGCGGCGUCGCGACCUGGACUCCGCGCCGCCGUCUCCCGCGCCCAGCUACAAGCUGCCGCUGGACUCCGCGCACGGGAACUACCUCAGCGCCUACAUCGACACCACCAACAAAGUUUGCGGGACUUAGAUCUAAGUGCAGUAACCGUUUCGAUCGCGGUGAAGAAUUAGAACUAUGG